GUGUCAGAGGGAUGGGCUCUGGUGCAUUAUUUAAAUACAGGGUCCUGAUGAAGGUAUAUGCAUUAAAGGGAAGAAGACUUCUCUAGGCAGUGGCGUGGAACUUAAAGAAGCAUUACUGCAAUAAGAAUUUUGACUGGAGUAAUAGACUGGAGUAAUACACAAGUCUGACAAUGGCCAAUCACAAAGCAGUAUUUCGAGGUGUGGAUCUGCAGUGCAAAGUGAAUAACCGUGCUCACCACACAGAAGAAAUCGGCACGGAGAGGCUGGUUGUGCGUCGAGGACAGCCCUUCUCUAUGCUCCUGCAUUGUACAGAUUCCCCUCCACUGCCUCCAAACCACCAGCUCACUCUGGUCCUCAACCUGGGUGCACGGGGAGAGGUGGUUGUGAGGGUGUCAGGUUCGAGAGCAGCUCAUGGUAAAUGGUGGUUCAGUCAGCAGGCUGCUCAAAGUGAGGUGUUGCUGAGGGUCCACAGCCCUGCCGAUGCCCCUGUGGGUCAGUACAGUGUUACUGUGCUCUUGCUCUCUUCUGAGGGACACAUCCUAGAGCAGAGCUCCCCUCAUUCCUUUUUCCUGCUCUUCAACCCCUGGUGUAAAGCUGACUCUGUGUAUUUGCCUGAUGAAGAGCUUCUACAAGAGUACAUCCUAAAUGAGAAUGGCAUCCUGUACCAGGGCUCAUGGGACCAAAUCUCGACUCUGCCCUGGAACUUUGGACAGUUUGAAAAAGGUGUGAUGAACAUCUGCUUUGAGGUACUGGAUAACUCUCCUGCUGCCUUGAAAAACUCUGAGAUGGAUAUCACUAAAAGAGCAGACCCUGUGUACGUUAGUAGGACAAUUACUGCAAUGGUAAAUGCAAAUGAUGACCGUGGAGUGAUAUUUGGGCGCUGGGAUGGUGAGUACAGCGAUGGUGUGUCCCCUACACGCUGGACUGGCAGUGUUCCCAUCCUGAGACGCUGGAGUGAGGGAGGAGCUCAGCGGGUGCGUUAUGGCCAGUGUUGGGUUUUCUCCGCUGUAGCCUGCACAGUUCUUCGCUGUUUGGGCAUUCCAACUCGAUGUGUCACAAAUUACAGCUCAGCCCAUGACACCGAUGGUAACAUCAAUGUGGAUUGCCUGUUUAAUGAACGGCUGGAGAGUGUAUCUGAGGGAAGGAAUGACAUGAUCUGGAAUUUCCAUUGUUGGGUGGAGUCCUGGAUGAGCAGAGAGGACCUCCCAAAAGAUUAUGAUGGAUGGCAAGUACUUGACCCAACCCCUCAGGAAAGGAGUGAUGGUGUAUACUGUUGUGGGCCAUGUCCGGUGAAGGCAGUGAGAGAAGGUGAGGUGGGGAUAAAAUAUGAUGCACCGUUUGUGUUCUCCGAGGUGAACGCAGACAUGGUCUACUGGAUUAUUCAUCCAAAUGGGGAAAGAACACGAGUGUCGGUGAACAGCACGACUGUAGGAAGAAAUAUCAGCACUAAAAGUGUGUAUGGAGACUACAGGGAAGACAUUACUGCUAACUACAAAUACCCUGAAGGUUCCAUAAUGGAGCGAAAGGUCUACGAAAAGGCAGGGAAACAAGUGGUAAGGAAAAAUGGACAGCAUGGCAAGCUUGAGCUGUCUAUCAAGCAUGCCCAGGCCAUUCAUGGAACAGACUUUGAUGUAAUUGUGGAGGUGCAUAAUGUUGGAGGAGAAGACACACCUGCUCAGCUUACGGUCACGUCUAAUGCUGUCACAUACAACAGUCUCCAUCUGGGAGAGUGUCAGAGGAAGACUGCCAAACUCACAGUGCCAGCACAGAAAGCUCAUAAAGAAGUGCUGAGGCUUCGGUAUGAUCAUUAUGGAGCAUGUGUAUCAGAGCAUCACCUGAUCAGAGUCAGAGCACUCCUCCAAGCUAGCAGCGAGCAAAAUGCCAUCAUGCAAGAGGUCAACAUCCCCUUAAAAAUGCCCAAGCUCCACAUAAAGAUGAUUGGAGAAGCAAUGGUAUCACGUAAGCUGACAGCACUCAUCUCCUUCACCAACCCACUGCCUAUCACUCUGACAAGAGGGGUGUUUACAGUGGAGGGGGCGGGGCUAACAGGAGCACAGGAGAUCCAGGCUCCUGGUAAUAUUGGACCUGGCCAGGAUGUUGUAGUGAAAUUCUCCUUUAAACCCACUCGAGCUGGCCUGAGGAAGCUGCUGGUUGACUUUGACGCAGAUAGACUGAGAGAUGUCAAGGGAGAAGCAACUAUAAUUGUUCAGAAGAAAAGAUAUGACAAUGCUUGAACAACUCAGACACACCGCUCAAUACAAUUCAACUGAUUAAGCUUUAGAAGAAGCUUGUAGUAAACAGCUUCAGAGUAAAUAGUAAACAGUAGCUACAAGAGAACAUACUGACUUCUCCUUAUUAUAAUAUCUGCAUUUUAUCAGUCUUUGUUUUAUCACUUAAGUAUACCUGUAGCUUUUAUAAUUUUUGCUAAAAACUAAAAUGAUAUUUGUUUUGGUAUAUAAAGCACAAGUAAUCUUUGGACAAUUCUUUGCCCUUUAGGAAUACAAAACUUUGAUUUAAUUUGCUUUUAAAUAAAAUAUUCACUUAUAGGGAAAGCUUGAAUUAAGUGAAUUAAUUAAAAAGCAAUAAGCAUUACAUAAUAUGUUGUUUAGAGAAAAAAUGUUUUGGAAUAUUUGUGUGUGUCUCUCUCUCUCUCUCUCUCUCUCUCUCACACACACACACACACACACACACACACACACAUUCUAGAGACAGAUCAGUAAAACCUGAGCAAUGACUGAUAAUACCCUGGACAACAUACAUUAUUUGAAAUUCUGUUUCAUUGCAUUCUGCAUGAAUCUCAAUAGUCCAUGAGCUCUGCUGCUUACUGCACAUCAACAAAUCAAGACUGAGCAGUGAAUAGUAAUCUUAUUGUUUCAUUGUGAUUUUGUGUGAAAUGUAUUAUAUCUUUUGUUUA